CGGUCGUCGUUCUAGGUUGUGGUGGACGCUGACGCGCGUCUGCCAGCGUCUGCCGUCUCGGCCGAAUUCGGCUGUGGCUCGCGACUUUCGUGUCGUGCGGUGCGAGGUGGUGACGGUGGUGUGGGCAGUCAGUAUCCGCGACAAGCGAGAUAGGCUACCCGACAAUCCCGACAAUCCCAACCGGUCGGCAGACCCCGAAUCCCGUCAUCCCGAUCGCAGAUGAUUUGCUGGAGGUAGUGGUGUGGUGUGCGCGAGCACCCACCGUCAGCGAGGGUUAAGCGCAAACGGGAGGGUUGACCGAAUCAUUUGCGAUCCCGUGUAAGAGAAGAAGAGAAAAAAUAGAGAUUCUCGAAAAGAAAGAGAUAGAUACGUGUCUCCGUAUAUGAGUGUGUAGUGUGCACCGACGUGAACUUGCCCCUCUCGUGGAGCGGAGCGGCGGAGAGGUAAUCUCUUGGAGGUGGCCGACUGGCGAGGAUCCUCGCUGGUAAAUUUUGUGAUAGUAAUAUAUUCUCUCGCGGUGGCGCACCAUCGGCGCACCACCGUGCGGAAGGCUCCCAUCGCCGUCCUCGCCGUCCUCGCCGUCGUCGUUGUCAUCGUCCGCGGGGACAGCGCGGAGGCGUUUUCAUGGCGCGAGGCGACGCGACGGGGAUCGUGCGCGCUUCGCCGGAAUCACCGGAAUCACCGGAAUACAGGAGGACGACGUGAGAGGGUCGCGCUCUAGGGAGCCCGCACGGCGCCCGGGGCUCUCGUCGCCGCACAGGAGCUGAGGAGCAUCGGCCGAGGGAAAAACACAGCGGCGACAGCGGCGGCGGCGGCGCGUACCCACACACGCAGCCGAGUGCGUCACCGCCCAUAUGUGAUGUGUCCCGCGCGUGCGAGCGAAUGAGUAAUCAUGUACUGUCAGGACAAGGGUUCGACCGCCUCCAAGAGCAAAGAGGGGCCUGUGACAAUGCGGGAAAAGAAAGGCGGUGCUCUCAGUAGAGUGCAAAAAUUAAAAAAGCGCCUUAGUCACAGCUUUGGACGGCUUUCUAUAUCAAAAGAAGAGGCUGAUGAUGCAACAACGAGAGGUCAAUUGCCAUAUAAUGGUUAUUCGGAGGAGUUCCUAGACCGCUUGGAGCCAAAUGGCAAUAUACCUGCGGACAAAGAUCGUCGUUAUGAAUGGACAGGUGUGGGCGACCAUGAGAGAGUGCAUCGACAGCUUUCGGUUUCUAGCGAUUCGAAGCUUCUCGAUGAAGAUAUACGAGAGGAAGCUAGGGUAAUUCUGCGGCCCCGACGUCCACCGCGGCCCAAAUCUGAAGUUUUCCUUGGCCCAGAACCUAGAAGAACUAAAAGAUUUUCCGCUUUUGGGGGAGAUUCGCCAUUCGGUAAAUCCGAAGCUUAUAUAAAACUGGAGCAGUUGGGAGAGGGAUCAUAUGCCACAGUGUUCAAAGGCUAUAGCCAUCUCACUAAUCAAGUGGUGGCUCUUAAAGAAAUUAGACUGCAAGAGGAGGAAGGAGCUCCGUUUACUGCCAUUCGCGAGGCAAGUCUCCUCAAAGAGUUAAAACAUAGCAAUAUCGUGACUUUACACGAUAUCAUUCAUACCCGCGAGACGCUCACCUUUGUGUUUGAAUACGUUCACACCGAUCUAUCCCAAUAUAUGGAGAGGUAUUUCGGGAACGGAGGAUUGGAUCCACGUAAUGUUAAAUUGUUUCUUUUUCAAUUAUUGAGAGGACUGGCAUACUGUCAUCGCAGGAGAGUUCUGCACAGAGAUGUAAAGCCACAGAAUUUAUUAAUCAGCGAGAUAGGAGAACUUAAAUUGGCAGACUUUGGGCUAGCAAGGGCCAAAUCCGUGCCAUCGCAUACAUACUCACAUGAAGUCGUGACCUUGUGGUAUAGACCGCCCGACGUUCUUUUAGGUUCCACAGAGUACUCCACCUCGCUUGACAUGUGGGGAGUGGGUUGCAUAUUUGUGGAAAUGUUAACUGGUGAACCGACAUUCCCAGGUGUACGCUGUACGUACGACCAACUCGAUAAGAUAUUUAAAGUGCUGGGCACACCUACCGAGGAGACUUGGCCAGGUGUCACGCAUCUGCCCGGGUAUAAAGCACAUAGACUGAUAUUUUAUCCGCCGCGGAAACUGGGACUCUCGUUUCCUCGGCUUUAUGAUAUCGCCGAGGGCGAUAGUAUGGCGUCGUCGCUCCUGCAGCUGAAUCCCGAUCAACGGAUAGGUGCGGAGGAAGCGUUACGUCAUCCCUAUUUCGCCUCUCUUCCUAGGAAAUUAUAUGAAUUACCUGAUGAAGUGUCGAUAUUCAGCGUAGAAGGUUGUCACUUGUAUACAAACUCGAGGCACGGGUGCGCGGAUUCGCGUCACACGACUCUUAAGACUUGAGGUUAAAGCAAACGUUAAAUGAGUAAAUUAUAAGUAAAUUCGCAAUUUACACGUUGAGUGAAAUAUUCAUUCUCAUGAGAUUCAUAUGUGUGUGUGAAUACACACACAUAUACACACACAGCACACACAACAGAUACAUAUACAGACAUAACAGAUACACAGGCGCACAUGCACUACUCCCAGAUGCGUUGUUCGCUCUCUCUCAGGGCUGCUCCAUGAUUUCCGCCACUUUAUUCUUUUCACACACAUGCAAUAAUAAUAUUCUUUUCUCCUUCUUUUCUGAAAAUAUACGUAUCGAGUAAAUUAAUUAUUAACGAAGAUAAAUCGUAAUUCUGGUCAAGGAAACAAGAAAGUAAAGCUUAUGGCUACAAGUAAAAAAAAAAAGAUUAUAAGAACUUGCGCACGCUCGAUUUAGGAAGCAAAAGCACGCACGACCCAUCCUCGCACUUCGUCCAAAUACUAGAUUUAGAUCAAUACCAAUCAAAAAGAAAGAUACCAUACCGCCGCCCUGCGUCUCCCCGAUCCCAGCCCAAGCCAAGUAGGGCGGACGGUCGCUGGUUAGCAAAACUAUUUACGAAGUAAUUACUACUUACCUUAGAAAAAUUAUGGAAGACCUGUAGCACUUUAUAUAAACGAAUUUUACUGCUGUUUCGAAUACGAUGUUGGUCACUAGGACAGUUGAGUAUAUUGAUAGAUAAGAUAGGGAACCGUUGUUCGAAUUAAAUUUAUUGUUAGCCGUGAUGAUAGUAUGUAAGGUAUAGAAGUUUAGGGGGGUUAAAACAAAAACAGCGCAUCAGUAUUGGUCAAGUGCCAUAGUAGCCAACAUCGCGAGAUGCAGUGAGAGAAACUAAUUGAACGCUCAUCGUUAAUAAUACCCGAUUGUAGUGAUUUAGACGUAAGUGAUUAGCAUUAGAUCGUAUUUAAUAUCACAAUCGAAGUUUAUCGACAAUGUCGCAACGUAGCGUAAAUGAUAGCAAAUUGAGACAAAAAGAUAGAGUGAAUGAGAAAGAAAGAGAAAUGAAGUAGUGAUUUUAGACUUGUCGAAAUUUUAUUGGUUCAAUUUACUUUUAAUUAUUAUUGACAUUAGCCAAAUAUGGUGCUCGAGCUGUAAACUGUGACAUGUACAAUCGAUCUCAUACUCGUGAUAUAGUUAUAUUUAACGAGUAUCCGUUCGAUUUUUUAAAAAAAUUACCGGAUAUAAAAUAGCGUUGGCAAUAGUAGAAAUAGGAAAAUGUAAAGAAAAAAAAAACGGCGUUACAGUUCUUCCAAAUUUUGUCUAAGCUAUAAUUGACGAUUUUUGCGGUAAAUAUUACUCCUUUUCGUAGGUUACAUUUAUACCGAUUUUUCAGCACACUUAUUAAAAAAAGAAAAAUAUAUCAACGAGGUGAAAGUAAAAGAAGGGAGAGGGAGUUUCGAAAAGAUUUGAAAGACGCUAUUAUUAUUACUACCGAUUAUUGCGUUUAUUUCGGUAGAUUGUAUAUAGAAUUACCAGAUUCGUAUUAUCGAUGAUGCUGAGAUAGCUAAAUCGAGAUAAUAAAUGUGACUUUGUAAGAAAUUCAAAUGUAUGGUAAUCUGGACCCUGUUCAUCCUUAACCCGGCAGUGGUACCACAGGGCUAGGCAAAAAAAAAGCUUGCAAAAAAGAAAAAGAAAUCGCAUCUCACUUUACGGGAGUGCACAUUUAAACUACUCUGAACUGAAACGCCAAAUACUGUUAAAAAAAAGUUAUACUUAUUCAUCUAUUACAAAGUACACUUAUAAAGAUUUAUUUUUACAUUUAUGAAAAAGAUAUCAGUAAGUCGUAAUAAAUCCUGCAACGGAAAUGCGUAUUGAAGUUUGGAAAUGUUGCAUUUUAUUUUUGCAACUUACAUGAUACAGA